AUGUGCCAUAUGGUAAAAACAAUAUGGACUGAACCUGAACCUCAGGAAACAUCUAUGGACAUAAACUCUGCAGCCGUUGCUGGUUCCAUCACCAAUGGUGGAGGAUUUCUCGCCUUGCAGAGAUUACUCUCUUCGAUGAAUAUUCACGCCAUGAAUAAAAAAACAUACGAGAAACAUGAAGCUCUCAUUUCUAAAGGUUGGGAGGAAACAGCAAUUGAAGAAAUGAGGAAGGCUGCUGAAGAAGAAAUUCGAUUAGCUAAAGAGCGAGGUGACGUAAACAAUGAAGGAGUGCCGUUGUUGACUGUUGUUGCUGACGGAAGCUGGGCCAAGAGAUCAUACAGGAGGAACUAUAACUCCCUAUCUGGAAUGGCAGCGAUAGUUGGAUACCACACAAGACAGGUUCUGUACUUUGGCGUGAAAAAUAAAUAUUGUGUAACCUGUACACGCAAGCCUGGAGACACACAUCACACGUGCUUCAAGAACUGGAAUGGUAGCUCAUCUAGCAUGGAAGCUGCUACCAUCGUAGAAGGCUUCUUGGCAAGUGAAGAAAUGUACAAUGUGCAAUAUGCAAGAAUGAUUGCUGAUGGAGACAGCAGUGUCUACAAUAGCAUUCUUGAAGCUAGACCUUACCAAAAUCUGACGGAUGUUGUUACCACCAGUUUGCAUAAGGAUCUGUCCAAAGAGGAUAGAGGACUACAUUUGAAAAUGCGUAGGGUACUAGGAGGUCGCAUUAUGAGGCUGCGGACAGCAGUCACAAAAGCUAUCCAACAUAGAAAAGUUGAAGAAGGAGAAAUAAAUGAAAAGGCUGAAAAACUAAGGCUAGACAUAGUGAACGGACCCAGUCAUGUCUUUGGUGAGCAUCUUCACUGCAAAAGUCGAGGAUAUUUUUGCAACGGUCCAAAAGAAAAUGAAACUAAUUAUAUUCCAGAGAUGAAAGCAAGUGGAGUGUUAUAUAAAAUCAUGGAAGCUGUCAAUGUUCUAGCUGACCAUAGCAGCCACCUCAUUUACGACGUUGAUAGCAACAUGGUCGAACACUACAACGCAGUUGUGGCGAGAUUUACGGGAGGAAAAAGAAUCAAUUACAUCCAAAAAGGCUCAUACAGGAUGAGAUGCGCUGCUGCUGUGGUCAGCCACAACACCAACCAGCCGUUCUAUAAGCUGCAUAAAACCAUGUACAAAAGCAGCCCUGGCCUUUACGCCAAACAAUUUGAGGCCAGACAUAUGGCAAGCUUAGCGAAAAGGGCAGAGAGGAAUAGAAUGAAGCCCCGAAUCAGACGUUGUUUGAAUUUCACGUCCAAAGUGGGUGAUAGCAAUUAUGGACCCAUGGCGAAAAAACCCGAUAUGGAGGAUGAUGUGUACCAGAGAAAACUACAGGAGCACAUGCAGACUCUUCAGAAGACAAUGCAAGAAAUUCAAGAAAUUGAACAAAAUACAAGAGGUCAAAGCAACAGUCAGGAAUGGUUCGAAGAGAGAAGGACUCGACUAACGGCAUCCAACUUUGGGCUGGUGUGCAACCGGAAGCCAGACUCCAACUGUGCUCCAGUGGUGAAGAAGCUUCUGUAUACAUCUCUCAACUCGCAUUCCAUAAACUAUGGAAGAGCAAUGAGGGAGAUGCUAUACGCCAACUUGAGCCAUUACUUGGAGUCACAGUCCAGCCUUGCGGUUUUUUUAUUGAUGAGCAAAUGCCAUUCUUGGGAGCCUCUCCUGACGGCCUCAUUGGGAAUGAUGGCAUUGUGGAGGUGA